ACAGCAGGGCAGCACAGCACGCCACUGUAGCUUUACUAUCCUAGUUAAAGUGACACACAGUGUACAGGAGCUCACUGGAGAGUCACCUCAACUUCUUUCUAUCUGUGAGCAAGGAGGAACCUGACAAUUGUGGGGGUUUUUCCCUUUUGAUGAACUCAAGAUAAUGAAAUUCUGAUGCAAAUAAAAACAGUAUUUUUUUUUUUUCCAUUUCCUUUCUCUUUUGAACAACAUGUGCAAAUGUUGCAAAAUCCGGACUAUCCAAGCAGUCUGUUUACUGUGCCUUUUUAAAAAUACAUUGAUAAACAAACUGAGCAAGAAUGUUAUCGUGGUCCAAGGUACCGGACAGAUCAAUGAAGCUGCUCUGAAUGUUUUUUAAAAUCUCAGGCAAUGACAAUCAUUAACCGUUCGUUGAUUUUUAAAUGAAGGGGCUGUCGCUAUUGCUGGCUCUGCUGAAAAUAUAUUUGAAAGGUGGUUUUUGAAUACAGAAGAGACACCUUCGACCUUGACAGCGUGUCCCCUGGUGCAUCCCUAGGACAGGCCAGGGGCUCCUGCACCACCAUGCACUGUAAGAGGAGAAUGUGGUCGGGCCUGGCUAUCUUUCUCCUGACAGUGGCUUUCAUUGGGUUCUACAUGCAAAUGAACUGCUACAGUUUGCCAGUGCAGAGACACAGCACCGAUAUUAAAGAACCUUUACCUGAGAGCAACCAAACUUUCACCACAGUCCCUCCAGAGGACCCCCGAGCCUGCAGCUGCACCAAGUGUGUCUCUGAGAAGGAUGUAUCAGCCUGGUUCGAUAAGCGAUUCGACUCCAACACACAGCCGCUGCUCACUGCCAAAGAUGACAGUCUCCCUCAGCCUGCCCUGAGCUGGUGGCUGGCUUUGCAGCAAUCCCACAGAGAUGUGAAAGUAAAUGAAGUGGUAGCGGAGGUCUUGUCUGUGCUGCCUGGGACAAGCCAGAACAGGACAGAGGACUCAUCCAAGUGCAGGCGGUGUGCCGUGGUUGGUAACUCAGGAAACCUGCUCGGAUCCAGUUACGGCCCUUUGAUCGAGUCCCACGAUGUUGUGAUGAGGAUGAACAAAGCUACAACCAGCGGGUUUGAGUCAGACGUGGGGCGCAAGACAACGCACCACUUUAUGUACCCCGAGAGUGCCAUUGACCUCCAAGCUGACGUCCAUCUGGUCCUUGUGCCCUUUAAACCACUGGACCUACAGUGGAUUGCAAGCGCGCUUUCAACCGGACAUAUAACCAAGACCUACAUGGAAGUCAAACAGUUUGUCAAGGCUGACAAAGACAAGGUCUCUGUAAUCAGCCCAGCCUUCUUGAAAUACGUCAAUGAUAAUUGGACUGAGCAUCAUGGGAGAUAUCCUUCCACCGGCAUGCUGGCGCUGAUAUUUGCACUGCACACCUGUGACGAGGUGUCCGUGUUCGGCUACGGUGCCGACGUCAAUGGGAACUGGCACCACUACUGGGAAAAAAACAAAUACUCCAGCGCUUUCCGGAAAACGGGAGUUCACGAUGCCGACUUUGAGACGGAAACCCUCAGGAAGCUGGCUAAAGAAAGAAAAAUCAGACUCUAUACUCCGGAACGAACAGCACGUCCAAUCAAUAAAUCAAUAAAUACAUUGGAAGGAUACCAGCCAAACAGCAGGUGAAGUGCAGAACUCCUUAUGGGUCGUUCUUUCACUACUACAGACUGUAAACUGUGGGAGGACUUGAACCCCAAUGGAAAACUUAAGAAAUUAAUUUUUUUAAUAAAUGACAAAACUACCGUGCCUCUCCCUUUGAAGUGAAAGCAAAGUCAGCACUUUCUCUGUAAUAGACCUCAAAAGAGACUUUGUUUGACUUUCAAAGGACACUUGAUCUUCAUUGCUGCGUGCACUGUGAUUGUGUCAGAGACUGCUCUCAUGGGGUUGGUUCACACUGCACACUGUUCAACUGCACUAGCGCCUCUUAGCAGUGUGCAGUCUAUACCUGCUUGGUCUGUGAAGACUGGCGGUGCAGACGGCUGUUCAUGUGUCAAGUUUAAAUGCUCAGCAUGGACUGAUAUAUCCUGUGGUGUAACCCUGUGAGGCUGUGAUGCCAGAAUGUUUUAUUCCCUACACAUGUGAAGCAUUUUCUUCUUGACUGCCCUAAAAAAUGUGAUCUCCUUGUCUACAGUGUGGGCUAAUUUAUCGAUCACAUGUCAUGUGAUCCGCUAGACCUAUACAAGCUGUGUGAGAGUUGUGUGCAACUACUCAGCAAACAAUCAUGGGAAAGCAGAAGGAUCCGCAAUGAGGUCACAAUGUGUCUAUUGCCAAGACCACCAUGAAACCCACGAAAGGAAUACACAAAUCCAGUCUCAAUACGCAACACAAAACUCACAGUAGCACGUAUUGGUAUAUUUAUUUAACAUAUUAUUAAACUAGUAAGUGUCAUUUUACUGCCAAGUACAUCAACAUGUUAUUUUUGAUUUUGGUGAACCCCUGAAACAGGCUAUAAAAUGUCACUAAUGUCAUCUGUCUAGGUUAUCCCCCCCACAUGGGGAAAAACAAAUGUGCUUAAAAGUAAUCAAAAUUAGCAUUUUCACCACCUUCAGAUGCAUUCUCACCACGAGUGGCUGCAUGGACCUGCUUCACAGUCACCUAGUAAAGUUAUCUGUCAUCGACACGAAAUGGAAAGAACCACACUCCAACUACAGCUGAAAUGACCCAACAGCAUUUCCUCUGCACAGCCCUAAUGCUGACAAAGGAAACCGCCAUGCAGUUCAGAGUGGUGUGUGAGUGAGACAUUCAGAGACCCAGGGCAGUGCUGGGGAAUAUAAUAACUCACUUGAGUAAUGACCUGGGACGUGAAUAUCAAUUAAAUCUGAACGAGAACCACUGUGUUGUCAUUCAGUCACUGGAAAACAAUACGCUUCCAGGGUCCUUUUAAUCCGAAUCAUAGCAAUUGUAUUACACUAACUUUGAGAAGGUUCAUGUAUUUACUAACAUUAGCAUGUUGGGAAAGAAAAGCAUUCUUAAAAACCCUUGCAAUUCCUUUAUAAAAGUCAAAUUAUCCACACUGCACAUGUUGUAAAUAUAAUUAGAAGUAAUCAAAUGUACGUUGAGCAGUUUGUACAGAAAUGAAAACAUGCUUUGAAAUGGAAGGCCAUGUCUUUACUUAAGUAACAUCAAAGUGUAAAACAUUCAAGUAUGGUUAAUAAAAAUUUUAAAAAACUACAUUUCAGGAACGUCAAAUUUGUAAAUAUUUCAGCGAGAGAUUCUAGAACUCGUCGAGUCACUCCGCAAGUGAUUCUAGAAUGCAUCGAGUCAUUCAGCGAGAGAUUCUAGAACUCGUCGAGUCAUUCAGCAAGAGAUUCUAGAAUGUGCCGUUGUUCUUGCAUGACAUGUUUCUUCUUGGGUUUUGAGCCUGUGCUACAGGAAAGUGAAGGGGUGGUUGACAGGAUUAGGGCAGUUUGCUUGGCAGGCAGAAGGAAGAGGUGCCCAAAUGCAAUGCAGCGAAUACCUCUUCCCUUUCCUUUAUCACAAUCCCAACUUAAUAAUGAGGUUCUGUGCAACAGAUACGAGAAUCAGCAUACCCUGCUGUAAGAACAAGCAGCACAUGCGUCUCCUGGCUCCUUGCUCAUUUCACGUGGAGAAGUAAAUACAGCUACAGCUACCCUUAUGGAAGCCAAACAAAACAUUGAAAUAUGUUUGCAAAGUGUAAGGGGGGGUAACUACAGUACAAUGGCAAAGAAGUAAAGAAUGAAAGGACACUGAACAGGAUGCUGCCGGGGUGACAGCAGACCAAAAACCACAGAAUCAACUCCAGGAAACAGCGGGGCAAGACUGAGACGCUAUGGCGCUCAGCGUUUAUUAAAUGCAAAAUAAAGACUGAUACAAAAACACCAAACAAAAAGGGCACUAGAGCCAAAACAAAACAGAACACCAAACAAGACCAUUCGAAAUACAGCAAUUGUUCUAUUGAUUCAGACUCACAGCUCUCGUCUCUGACACAUUCCCCAUGCAGCCCAAGCUGCAGGUUCUUACAGUGGGGACAGGGGGGUGAUCUCAUUAUCCCUCGGUCACAUUCUGCACGGGUUCAAAAAGGAUGCGUGACUGACCGCUAGUAAAACAACCAGUAGCAUCCUCACGAGGUUUUAAAAUAUACAUACAAAAUAUAACAAAUAAUAUUGGCUUUCGCCGUCAUAUAUACAUAUAAAUCAUAAUAUAAAUGAAUAAUAAACAAAGGGGCGGGACACCCCGCCACAGGCACCUUGUAGCCAACAUUGAGAUUGCAUUGGGCACACACUGGCUGCUAGCUGUGUUCCAGCCGAUCUGAGCAGAUUGAAUGGAAUGUUAUCAACCAAAACCAUCCCAUCAGAAUGGGCCAGUAGGUACCCAGCCCCUAAAUCUACCCUCUAUCCCUAAACCUAACUGUGUUACUAUUAAACUCUUACAAUUAUUUCAACACCAUUUGUUUAGCGCCCUCUAGAGGCUACUACAUCCGAAGUCCAUUAAAGCACUUGACCCGGACCGGCUCUUCCCGUUGGGAGGUUAGCAGGUGCCUACUGGCCCAUUCCUAUGGGAUGACUUUCUUUGAUAACGUCCCAUUGAAUCGACUGAUUCUAAUGAGAUUGGGAGCGUGUUGUGAUUGUGAAGUGCAUCAGGACUGAACACCAUGAGCGAGUCCCUGUUUUAGCCGAUAUUACAAACACUACACUGGGGGAUUUAAACAAUGUAAAUAUGGGGUAGCUUUGCAGUUUUCCACUGUGUGGGUAGAGAUUGUGUUUUUGUAUGUUUGUGUUAUAAAGAACUACACACACUGUUUGUUCUGCUUUCCCGGUCUCAAGACCUCACUACAGCACAAAUAGGUUGACAGAAGCACUUCCCUGCGACACACAGAAAUCCCUCUUUUUGUUUCGCAUUGUAACAGGUGGUAAGAUGUCAGCAAAUAUUGUGAAUUUUCUGCGCACUUUGAAUUUUUUCUUCCCCCCUCUGUACACUCUGAAAGCACUCAAGUGGAUUUGAAAACUUGAGGCAAAAAUGAAACAGCUCUCACCUAUUACAGGUAUAAGAGUUUAUUAAAAAAAUUAAAAUGAUAAUAAAACAUGAGCAAGGUGCUGUACUGGUACACAAACAAAAAGCAGCGGGAGAUUGAACACGUUUUAAAUACCAGACUUCCACCAUAUAACACAGAAACCCUUAUGAUGUAAAAUAAUUCAUUAAAACAUAUACAAAUGAAAAACAAAACGACAGCACAGGCUGACGUUUACAAUACCAUAUUCUUCUGAGAAUACCAGAAUUCUGAAAUUAGGAAAGAAAUGAAGGCAACCCAAAUGAAGCUCGUUGCAUUGUUCUUUCACACGCUGCCUCAAAGCAAACACAUUUCCUCAGGGUCUGACCUGUUUGUCUCGGGUGCUUUGUUCGAUAAAGCAUUUUUAUUUCAUUUCAUUUUUUUUUUUUUUUUUUUUUUUUUUUU